AUGCCAGGGACGCAGCAGCAGCUGCAGCAGCAGCAGCUGCUGCAGCAGCAGCAGCAGCUGCAGAAGCAGCAGCAGCAGCAGCAGCAGCAGCCUCAGCAAGAGCAGCAGCAGCCUCAGCAGCAGCAAGCAUCUACUCUCCCCGAAACCAUUCCUGCUGCUUUAUUUUAUUCGCGGCCUUCUGGCCACGCCCCUCCGUCGAAAGCAGCAGGAGCAGCAGCAACAGCAACAGCAGCAGCAGCAACAGCAGCAGCAGCAGCAGCAGCAGCAGCAGCGCCGCCGCUGGGCGAUACUGUGUUUCGCUUUGGCCGUUUUGCUGGCAAGACAUUUUCUUUUGUUGCAGCAGCAGAAAGCAGCUACUGCAGAUGGGCCCGCAGCCUUGCUGCUCCCACGGGGCAGCUUGCUGCUUUCGUUGCCUAUCUGCAGCAGCAGCAGCAGCAGCAGCAGCAGCAGCAGCAGGGGCUGCUGCCAGCUGAAGUGCAGCGGCAGCCCAGACAGCUCAAGCUGCAGGUCUCUCCCAACAAGACCCUGCGCCUUGCUGCAGGCGGCGCUGCUGCGCAGCAAAGAGCAGCAACAGCAGCAGCAGCAGCAGCAGCAGCAGCAGCACGGGGAACGGUACCUGCAGCAGCUGCUGCUGAUGCCGCGGGACAGGUAGCAGCAGCAGCAGCAGCAGCAGCAGCAAGCGCGGACGCACCGGCGCUGCAGCAUCCUUCCCCACUGUCUUCUUUCAGUUUGCCCUCGACAGAGGAAGCAGCAGCAGCAGCAGCCCCUGCACCUGUUGCUGCUGCUGCUGCUGCUGCUGCUGCCCCGCCUGCUGCUGCUGCUGCGCAUCCCACUGUGGAGGACCUCGCGAGUGACUUCGACUUCGACAUCAGUGUGCUGCAAGAACAGCAGCAGCAGCAGCAGCAGAACGAUGCAGCAGCACAAGCAGCAGCAACUGCUGCUGCUGCAGAAGCGCCCGCAGCAGCAACACCGCAGCAGCAGCAGCAGCAGCAGCAGCAACAGCAGCAGCCAGUUGCUGUUUGUGUCCCCGUCCGAGUGUCUCAUGCCCCCAAAGGCGCCCUGCAGUUUAUGGAUGCCUUUCGCUACGAUGCUGCUGCUCCCUGCAGCAGCAGCAGCAGCAACAGCAGCAGCAGCAGCAGCAGCAGCAGCACCUUCUCGAGGGUGCUGCCAUUCGGCAAGACGGCAGGGGCGAACCCAGCCACAGCAGCAGCAGCAGCAGCAGCAGCAGCAGCAGCAGGCGUUGCUGCUUCUCCAACUAUUCACUUGGAAGCAACAAUAUCUUUUGAGAUUUGUUCAGAAGACAAGUUCAGAGUUCUCGCGCUGCAGCAGCAGCAGCAGCAGCACAGAAGACACGGGGCCCCACGCGGCGGCAGCAAAGGUGCCUUGUGGAGCCCUUUGCUGCCAAGGGCUCUGGGGGAUUACCUGCUGGCUCUCAAAGAGGGUUGGGCUAAAGAGGAGGACACUCAAGGUGCUGCAACGGGAAGCAGCAGCAGCAGCAGCAGCAGCAGCAGCAGCAGCAGCAAGUUUGGCAGCAGCGGCACGGCAGUUGAUCCAGGGCCCUUUGAAGCUUCUCGAUACACUCAGGUUCUUGAGGGCGUUAAAAAGGGCUUUACGUUCACCUCCUUGGAGCCUAUUCCUUCGUUUGUGCUGCGGGCCUUUGCUGCCUUCCAACCUUUUGCUGCUGCUGCUGCUGUGCCCAAGAAGACGGCGCUGGUGCUGCUGCGGCACAAGCUCCCACCAUCACCCCAGCUGCUCGGCCUGCAGCAGCAGCAGCAGCAGCAGCAGCAACAGCAGCAGCAGCAGCAGCAGUCGUCUGCUGGCGACGCAUCUUCGGGCGGAAGCGCCGGCGCCGCGCCUGCAGCUGUAGCAGCUGCAGCAGCUGCAGCUGCUGCAGCAGCUCCCCCCGCCGCCGCACCCGCAGCAGCAGCAGCCGAAGGCGCAGCAGCAGCAGCAGCAGCAGCAGCAGCAGCAGCAGCAGGCGUGGAGCCGAAUCUUUUUGCUUCCCUCAGGGAGUUCCAAAGACAAGGAGUUGCUUUUGGACUGCAGCGCCACGGGAGAGUUCUCAUUGGCGACGAAAUGGGACUUGGAAAAACCAUCCAGGCCCUCACAAUCGCCGCACAGUAUCUUGAAGACUGGCCGCUCCUCGUUGUUUGCCCCUCUUCCAUUCGAUUCCAGUGGCGAGACCAGGCGCUGAGGUGGCUGGGGCAUAUUCUUUCUCCUGAGCAGAUCUGCAUCAUAAGGAACGGGAAAAGCGAAAUAGCGCCUGAGACGCGACUGUGCGUCAUUUGCGACGAGUCCCACUACUUGAAGAACCACCACGCCAAGAGGACGCAAGCGAUUUGCCCAAUGCUGCGGCAGGCGCGGCGGGCUUUGCUGCUGUCAGGGACCCCCGCCUUAAACCGCCCAGUGGAGCUUUACCAGCAGCUGAACUCCCUACUGCCGGACUUGUGCUCGUACCGGGAGUUCAGCGCGCGGUCGCGCAUUCCCAUCGAAAUCCCCGCGAAGGAGAUGAGGGAAAUUCGCAAGCGAAUGGAAGGUGUUGAUGCUGCUGCUUUGGUUGCCUUUGGAUCAAAAGCAGCAGCAGCUGCUGCUGCAGCAGCUGCAGCAGCAGCUGAUUCAGCAGAGGCUCCGGACAGCUGCGCAGCAGACCCUGCGCCUCACGCGCAGCAGCAGCAGCAGCAGCAGCAGCAGCAGCAGCAGCAGCAGCAGCAGCAGCAGCGGGGCAGCCACGCUGCAGUGUCGGAGCUGUUUGCGCUGACGGGGCGCGCGAAGCUGGGGGGCGUGUGCGAGUACUUGGGCUAUUUGCUGCAGUGCAGCGUCAAGUUUAUUGUUUUUGCUCAUCAUUUAUUUGUUUUGGAUUUUAUUUUUUUGUUUUUGCAAAAACAAGAAAAGACAAAAGCUGUUCUCAUCGACGGCAGGACGCCGCAGCAGCAGCGCGAAGACAAGGUCCGCCAGUUCCAAACGGACCCCGACUGCAAGAGUACAGUGGUCUUCGCGGAGCUGUAUUGGGUGCCGGGGUAUAUUCUUCAAGCUGAAGACAGAUCCCACAGAAUUGGCAGCAAACACCAGGCAGUGCAAAUCCACUACUUGAUUGGAGAGGGGACUCUGGACGAUGCAGUGUAUCGGAUGCUGCAGAGCAAAUGGGGUGUACUGACAACAGCUCUGGACGGGGAGCAGCAGCAGCUGAAAAUGGAGAGCUGCAGCAAAAACUCAGUGCCUUGUUUGCUGCAGCAAAGUGACAGCAGCAGCAGCAGCAGCAGCAGCAGCAGCGGGGCUGCCAUUAACACUAAUGGCGAUAACUUUAAUAAAAGCAAUGGCAGUUAUAAAAAAAAUGGCAAAUUAAAAAAGUGCAAAGAUCCGGAAGAAGAACACAAAGAUGUUUUUGAUUUGAGCGAAGAAGAAGACAUAGAUGAAGUGCUGGAGGUGCAGAAAACAGACAAACGAAAGCAGCAGCAGCAGCAGCAGCAGCAGCAGCAGCAGCAGCAGCAGGGGCUGCUGCAGUUCUUCAAGAAGGCGCGGACCGACUUGGCAGACAGCAGCUGA